CACCAGCGCCCGUGGCACUCGUACUUUCCCCAUCGCGUCUCUGUUCUAACCUUAGAACAUACCGACCCCACAAACCACGGAAAUGAGAAUGUUCGACUUUCGCUCUAGAUUCUUUCACUUCCACUCGUAAAGUUGCGACACGUUGUGGUAGGUGUUAGCGCCCAAGGUCGGCUAUUUCUACACAUAGCUCUCCUACUCCAGCCAGCUGUGACAGCCUACCUCCACCGAAUAGACAAUAUGAAAUAUAGCGGGCUGUACUUCGUUUCUAAUCCGUCUACGAACAUCGACGCCUCCCUUUCCACCGUGAACACCCUCAUUCAAGGCAUCGAGACCAGCUUCCAAAACGCCACGCGUCAGCAAACACCAUGGUCGCUCUCCUACCGCGCAUUUCGCGAUACCAUACCUCCAGGCUACCAGCCACCUACGGGCGCAGACGGUAAACCCAAGCCAUAUACACAUUCAUACCAGCACCUCCUCCAUCUCUCGAGCCUUUCGCCUAACCGCACAUAUGUCUUCGCGCAACCGCUAGCGCAACAAGAAACGAUCACGUCGAUACCGCUGCGACAACAAGAUGCGCAUGCUUCGAUACUGCGGUACCAAUGCUCCGCUCUGUGGACGCCGAGACAUAUACUCGCUGUGCGCGAAGGGACGUCUUAUAGUGCAGGUUUAUGUACGAUACAGAUUGGGGAACUACGAGCAACACGCGAAGGACCGCAAUCAGGCGCUGUGUCUUCGCCGGGUAUCGUGGUCUACAUCAGCACACCAACGGGCGCUGAGGAUGCAGACAACAGCAUGAACUCAGGUUACGACACAAUGGGAAACGGUACAGCAAUGGAUGUGGAUGAAGAAGAAGUCGAUAUCGAAUAUGCGCAGACUCUAGUACGUGACUGCUGGAGUACGAUCAAAGAUGGGCGCGAUCUGGGCCGGUCAGAGGUUAGGGAACUCAUGAUGGCUCCAGUUACAACAAACAACAAGGGUCGGGAGCAGGAGGCAAUAGUGCGCAUGUGGUGUGAAGCUCUACGCAUGCGCGGUUGAGCAUGUCGACCCAAUCUCGUUUUCAUCUUAUUUAUUACCAGAUACCCAAUGCAUUAAGAUACAGACUGAGGGUCAGUCGCAACGU